UCAAAUUCAAAGCGCCAAGAAAGAACUGUUUUUACUAACGAUCAACUUCUUCGUUUAGAGAAAGAGUACAUCUCCCAGGGCAAGUACUUGUGUCGUCUAAAAAGAGGCCAAGUCGCCAGAGAUUUGGGUUUAAAUGAUAGACAGGUUACAGUCUGGUUUCAAAAUCGUCGAGCGAAAGAUAAAAGAGUUAAAUCACUCAACGACGAUGAAAACAAGGAGAAGGUUCCUAUGGCUGCUUUGCCCAGUACCAAAAUUGGAUGCAGGAUGAUACAAGAGGAAAUCAAGAAAGAAAAAACAUACCAGAACACCGGGUUAGUCGCUUCUGUUCCUGUUCCUGCUCCAGUUAUUAUUCACGGAGAGCAUCAAAUGCAUACUCUCAACUACAGCAGCAAUUCAUCUACUGGCAUCCCCCAACAUAAUCACCUAAGUAGUUGGGAUUCCUACAACAGAAUCAACUACGACACAAUUCAUAAUCAGAAUUAUGAAAAUUUUAAUGGUCCUGACUGGAACUAUAACUACAUCAAUGAACAUUGUUCAGUUCCCAACGGAUACGCAAACGAAGCUAAAGCUAAGGGAGCAUUUCACACUCAUUAUUUAAGUAAUUGCACUUCUAAUAAUGGUGAUUAUUAUUAUCCGCCUGGUUGGAACAAGUAG